AAGUUCUGCUUAUCAUAUUUUUUAUAACUGAGCUAUGCCAUGUUUAGAUUGAAGUACAGCUCAUCCGAAAAAGCUGUCAUCACUCAUCUUUUAUCUAUCAAUCUUUUAUCUUACUAUCUGUUUUGCCGUUGACACAACAUGCUGAUAGGGUUUCGUGGAAUUUCUUCUCAGAACAGUUUUGCAGAACAGAGUUUGUUUCUGGAGCGCUUAGUUCAUCUUGGGUUUACCCUGCUUUUUUCAGUUACAUACAGGCUCUGUUGAAGCCUUAGUAGUUUUGCAUAUUAUUAAAAUAUAUUCAAAGCUAUGUGGUGAACCUGCAUCAUUUCCUUGUGACAUGUAAAACGUGUUUGAGGUCAUAGGUAACACGGUUAAGCCCCUCAUAUCUUCACAAUGAUUAAUCAUCCUUUCCACACAAUGACAAGCGUCAAGGCUUAAAAAGUGCUCAUUUAGCAGCUGUGGUAGCUUCUGAAUUUUCCAUGUGCUGAUGCAUCUGAUAGGUAAAACCCUGCUGUGUCAGAUGCAACUUUAAACACCCUGACCUAAGAUUUAGCAGCAGAUUGAUGGAGAAGAAUGGCUCGAAUCUCGUUGGAAUGUCCCAACUCUUUACCAGGGAUCCCCCUCAGUGUGCUGUCAGUGCCCAUGGAGAAUAAAUACAAAUGUCAGCAGUGUCUCCAGGUCCUGAGGAAGCCUGUCCAGGCUCAGUGCGGCCACCGCUUCUGUGUACACUGCUUCAAGCAGCUCACCAGUUCUGGGCCAAAACCAUGUGAAGCAUGUCGCCAGGAGGAAAUUUAUGAGGAGCCCAUGUCCAUUCUAAAUAGCAAUGAGGCGUUUCCAGACAAUGCAGCAGGUAGAGAGAUAGCAAGUCUGCCUGCAAGAUGUUUGAACCAAGGCUGCAGUUGGACCGGCUCAAUUAAAGAGUAUGAGAGUCAGCAUGAAGGUCACUGUGAAUUCGAGCGGGUUCUGUGCGAGGCCUGCCAAACCUUCAUCCUACGUUCGGAGAGGGACAGGCACAAUGAGAGGGAGUGUGAGGCCCGAAUGCUCAACUGUAAAUACUGUAAAAUGACCUUCAACUUUAAAGACAUCAAGGCUCAUGACGAGAUAUGUGUGAAGUUUCCUUUACAAUGCAAAGACUGUGGCAAGAAGAAGAUCCCACGAGAAAAGUUCAGUGAUCACAUCAAGUCCUGUGCUAAGUCAAAGAGUGCCUGUCCAUUCAGUGAAGUGGGCUGUAAAUCUGUGAUUGAGAACGGAAAGCUCAGCGACCACGAGCACAGCAGCACCAUGGAGCACUUGCGUCUGCUGCUGCCGAUGGUGCUGUCCCUGGUUCGAUCACGUCCUGAUCCCAGUCCAGGGGAGUGGCAGGAGGAUUCUGGUCUGGGCCUGUACAGGUCUCCUGAGGAGGGAGUCACUAUGGGUGCCGGAGCUGCAGCCUCUGCGCAGUCUGUGGACUUAGACAAAAAGGUAAAGGCUUUAGAAAACAUCGUCUGUGUACUGAACCGAGAAGUGGAGCGCAGUUCAGUGACGAUAGGGGCUUUUACGCAUCAACAUCGUUUAGAUCAAGAAAAAAUAGAAAACCUCUCUAACAAAGUGAAUCAGCUGGAGCGAAUGGUCCAGAUGAGAGACUUACAGCUGUCUGAGAGAGAACAGAUGGUGAGAGAGCUCCAGUACUGCACCUACGACGGUAUAUUUGUCUGGAAAAUCUCUGAUUUCUCACGACGCAGGCAGGACGCUGUGGCGGGAAGAGCACCUGCGAUGUUCUCUCCAGCGUUUUACUCGAGCAAAUACGGGUACAAAAUGUGUCUGAGGUUAUAUCUGAAUGGCGAUGGGACAGGUCGAGGAACUCACCUGUCGCUGUUCUUUGUCGUCAUGAGGGGACAGUGUGACGCUCUGCUCAAAUGGCCAUUCAGCCAGAAGGUGACCCUGAUGCUCUUGGAUCAGAACAACAGGGAGCACAUUAUCGACGCUUUCCGCCCUGAUGUGACCUCCACCUCCUUCCAGAGGCCGAUCAGUGAGAUGAACAUCGCCAGCGGCUGCCCGCUCUUCUGCCCGCUGGCUAAACUGGCAGGCAAGAGCCCGUACCUCAGAGAUGAUACAAUCUUCAUCAAAGCCAUUGUAGACCUCACGGGGUUGUAAAGUGAGCUGUGGAAGCUACACCAAAACAUGUUUCAGAAAAAAUUUAGGGAAAUAACUAUAAAUAAGCAUAUAUACUAAAUGAAUAAUAGCAGAUUUAUUAUAACAUUAUAUAUUAUAUAGAACAUUUUGUGGCUAAGAUACCAUAUCUGUACUAUACUAAAAAUGUCCUGGGAGUGUCACAUUAGGAUUGGUUUCUAAGGUGUGCAAAAUAAACAUGGUGGUGGAUCUGAACUAGUUAUGGGAAUUUAUAUUUAGUUGAUAAAUUAAUCAAAUGUCUAAUUAGCUUUAUAUAACUUAAAGGUAUAAAAUGUGACAAAAGGACAAAGUAGAUAAAUUGUCAAGGAGGGAUCAAGAACAUCUGAUGAAAAGAAAACAUCCCUUGAUCCCUACAAUAAAGGUUAAAAAAAAAAAAAAAAAAAAAAAA